GCUGUGUCUCCCGCUGUGGCUGUGGCUGUGGCUGUCUCUCUCGCUGUGGCUGUGGCUGUGGCUGUCUCUCUCGCUGUGGCUGCCUCCCUGACUCGGUCGCUGACAACACCACUGGCUUGGUCCGUGCCCCGGGCUGUCUCCAACACACCCCUGUGCCUGCCAUCAUUCAGUCGUCGCAACUCUCGAACUUGACUCACACACACACUCACUUAUCUGCGCAGACUUUGAGGAGGACGACUGGUCGAAGCACGGAUACGCCAAGCUCGACAUCCUCGCCACCUUUGGCACCGACGCUGACUCGGUCCCGCGGGUCGACUACAAGACCACCGAUACCAAGGCUUUUGUGGCCGGGUAUGACGCCGGCGAGAUGCCGUGCCUCCUCAUCGGGGCUACCGACGACUGGAAGGCUAUGCGCAAGUGGAACCGCGCCAAGUUCUCCAAGCGCUUCGGCUCGUCACGCUUUGACGUCGGCUCGUACAACCACACGUACAUGACGUACGAGCAGUACCUCCGCUACUGCGACACCAACACUGACGACUCGCCGCUGUACAUCUUUGAGCCGCAGUACGCCACCAAGUUCCCCAAGCUUCUCAAGGAGUUCUCCAUCCCCAAGUACUUUACUCCUGAGGACAUGGACUUGCAAAGCUGCAUGGACGACGACCCGCGCCCCUAUUACCGCUGGGUCCUCAUGGGCCCUGUCCGCUCCGGCACAGGCAUCCACCAGGACCCGCACAUGACCUCAGCCUGGAACGCUCUCAUCCAGGGCCACAAGCGCUGGUGCAUGUUCCCGCCCCACAUCAAGGGCUCUAUUGUCAAGCCCAAGAAGGGCGAGCCCGACUCGGGCAUCUACUGGUUCCACUCGGUUUAUCCGCGCCUUGUCGACCGCGCCGACGAGCUCGGCAUGAUUGAGUGCGUCCAGGGCCCGGGUGAGAUCAUCUUUGUCCCCGCAGGCUGGUGGCACGUCGUCCUCAACCUCGACUUUACCAUCUCCGUCACCCAGAACCACGUCACCGACUUUAACUUUGAGCGCGCCUUCAACUCGUACAAGCGCUCAAAGCCCAAGAAGGCCCUCAUUUGGCACAACUCACUGCCCGACGCGUACAAGUCGCGUGUCGAAGCUCCCAACCCGGACGACAUCUCCUCCUCCUCCUCCUCCUCCUACACCUACGUCUCCUCCUCCUCGUCCGACGACGAGAACUCGGCCUCAGACUCGGGCUCGGGCGCCUCGGCCUCGGACUCGGGCUGAUCUCUUGCGAGAUUGUAAACGACCUGCCAUUGCACAACA